CCAACAUGGGCUGCAUUUGCACCAAAACCGUGAAGAAGGCGGCCCGGGUCAUCAUAGAAAAGUACUACACGCGCCUGGGCAACGACUUCCACACGAACAAGUGCGUGUGUGAGGAGAUCACCAUUAUCCCCAGCAAGAAGUUCCGCAACAAGAUAGCAGGCUAUGUCACGCAUCUGAUGAAGCGGAUUCAGAGAGGCCCAGUAAGAGGUAUUUCCAUCAAGCUGCAGGAGGAGGAGAAAGAAAGGAGAGACAAUUAUGUUCCUGAGGUCUCAGCCUUGGAUCAGGAGAUAAUUGAAGUAGAUCCUGACACUAAGGAAAUGCUGAAGCUUUUGGACUUCGGCAGUCUGUCCAACCUGCAGGUCACUCAGCCUACAGUUGGGAUGAAUUUCAAAACACCUCGGGGACCUGUUUGAAUUUUUUUCUGAAGUGCUGUAUUAUUUUCAAUAAAUCUGGGAC